ACAGAUCUCCAGCAUCAAAUCAAGCAUUUCACUUCAGCUUCAGCAGAUGAAAAGACCUGCCUGGGCCAGCCCUGCCUGCAAAAUUAUGUUUUAAACCAUGUCUUUGAAAGGAUUAAAAUGUUUACGUCUACGUUUUGACUCUUUAAGGCAAACAAAAGAGAACUUGCUGAUUUCUUCGACAAUCCUCCCAUGUGAACAAAAUGAAAACUGAAUCUCUGACACUGCAGCCUUGAAUGAAUUUGUUUAACACUCAGACAGAGCACCAGUCAGAACGUGUAGCCAACGUAACAUCUCACACUGAUGGGUUGUUUCAAUCUCACCAGCAGAAAUGAGAUUUUGUCUGGGCAGCAGCCUUUUACGGUGCAGACCUCUGUGAUGCUUACAAUCCUGGUGGGCAUGCUCAUCCUGCUAACUCUGUUCGGCAACGUCAUGGUUGUAAUCGCAGUGAUCACAAGCCGAGCCCUGAAAGCACCCCAGAACUUGUUUCUAGUCUCCCUGGCGAGCGCGGACAUCCUAGUUUCCACUCUGGUGAUGCCGUUCUCUUUAGCGAACGAACUUAUGGGCUACUGGUAUUUUGGCAAAGUGUGGUGUGAGAUCCACCUGGCUUUGGAUGUCCUCUUCUGCACCUCAUCCAUCGUGCACCUGUGUGCCAUAAGCCUGGACCGGUACUGGUCUGUGACCAAAGCGGUCGAGUACAACCUGAGACGGACGCCUCGCCGGAUCAAGCGCACCAUCUAUUUGGUGUGGGUGCUGGCAGCCAUCAUUUCAUUCCCUCCACUUAUYACCAUAAAAAAGAACGAGGGUAAAAAGGACAGCCCUGUGUGCAAGAUUAACAAGGAGAAGUGGUACAUUUUAUUCUCCAGCACUGCCUCCUUUUUCGCACCCUGCGUCAUUAUGAUCAUGGUGUAUGUCAGAAUCUACCAGAUCGCUAAGAAAAUAACAAGAGCUUUGCCAGGUGAAAGGCAGAAAGACAACGGCAACGCAGAAGACCCCAAGCUUGGUUUGGAACCCCAGGAAAAAUAUAGCGAAAGAGACAAGGAGGAAGAGGGAGUUAAAGAGGUGAAUGGGCUCGAUGUGGAAGAGGACCCCUCCUCCUCAGAUGGGAACGAAACCAGCUUGUGUUCUUUGAGGAAGAAGAGGAGCGCAAGAACAACCAAAGCGACUCAGGUGAACCCUGGAGAAACCUCUCCGAAGACAGAGGGUCCGUCCCCUGCGAAGGCGAGCAAGUGGAAAGGGAGGCAAUACAGAGAGAGACGCUUCACCUUUGUCCUGGCUGUCGUCAUGGGAGUGUUUGUCCUCUGCUGGUUCCCCUUUUUCUUCACCUACACGCUCACCGCCGUGUGUGACGCCUGCUGCAUCCCAGAGACCCUGUUCAAAAUGUUCUUCUGGUUCGGCUACUGCAAUAGCUCGCUCAACCCUGUAAUAUACACCAUAUUCAACAGAGACUUCAGGAAGUCUUUUAAGAAAAUCCUCUGCAAAAAUCACAGAGGAGSUUUGUGAGUAACACUUUCCCGGCUACAUUCGGCUUGUCAAUCAUUCAGUGUUUGGUUUCUUUUUUUUUAAAAAAAGUGUACAAAACUGCAGAACCUGUGAGUUAAGAUCGUGCAACUGUGAAAUAGAGAAUGACACAAUUUAUGGAAAAAAAAGUGCCACUUUUGUGGCCGUCUACAGUAUUUAAAWUCAGAUUCCUAUAUGUUUAAUGCUUUUAAAUGAGUGACAGGCAGAGGAAUGCUGCAAAAGAGUCAACAUGAACCUUAAACUACACAUUUUAAUUGUUAAAUAAAUUAUUUUCUGAUAGAAUAACAUAUUUACUUGUCUUAAAGUUUCCACAUGUCAUGCAAAACUCAUGAAACGUCAAAGGUUUGUAAAUAAGCUUGGCCAGAGAGAGAGAGAUCAUUACAGAAAACCUGGGUAACGACAGCAGCAGCAAUCAUUGAGAAAAGGAAAUUAAAUGUCAAAGUGAUGCAUGAAGGAAGCUAAGGAGGCCUGUCACAAUUAUAACAUAAUUACUGUAUUGUGAUUAUUUGGCCAACAACUAACGAUUUUUGCAYAACUGCUGCAUCAUUUUCACAUUACCUGAAUGAAAACAGAAAUAAAGAAACAUCACAUUAUUGACAUUAUUUUUCAAGUUUGGAUGCCACAUAUUAAAUAAUGAAUACCUCUUUUUUUUUCAUUGCUACGCAUAAAAAGGGGAAUUAAAAGGAUUUCUUCUAUGAAACAGACUGGAGUUUUAUUAGGUUUCUGCAGACGUAAUUGGUUGUGCCUAACAUGAUAAUGGCCUGUUUGAAUCACAACUUGCAGUAUUUGUUCAAUGUUCAAUAAAUGUAUUUUCUUCUUUG